GUCAUAGGGACCACUACCCCAGCAUCAGAAUACAGCCAAUCAAUAACUAGAUCCAUGGACAGCGGUUGGCAGAAUCUGAUGGUCCCGUCAGCAGAGAGUCACCAAUCAGGACCCGGCGUCAUCGAGAGCAGUACGCGCAACGUGUUCGUCCCGGCAUCAGAACACAGGUUGCGACAGGAAAGCAAUUUGCGACAGCUGACAGUCCCAUCGUCAGAGCGUCACCAAUCAGGACCGGGCGUCAUCAAGAGCGGUACGCGCAACAUCAUCGUCCCAGAGUCAGAACGCCGCCAGUCGGUAACAGGAUCCAAGGAAGGCAGUUCGCGGCAGCUGACAGUCCCAUCAUCAGAGCGUCGCCAAUCAGGACCGGGUGUCAUCGAGAGCAGUACGCGCAACGUCAUCGUUCCAGAGUCGGAACGCCGGCAAUCAGUAACAGGCUCCAAGGAAGGCAGUUCUCGGCAGCUGACAAUCCCAUCGUCAGUACGUCGCCAAUCAGGACCAGGUAUCAUCGGGAGCAGUACGCGGAAUGUGAUCGUCCCAGGGUCCAGUCACCCCCAAUCAAUAGCAGGGACGUUCGACAGCAGUUCAAGAAGUCUGACGAUCCCUUCAUCGAUAUCCAAGCCAUCAGAAAAAUCAGUUGCAGGAAGCGUUAAGAGAAAUUUAGCAGUCUUGCCGCCGGAAAGCUGGGCAUCCGUCCUAAGUGGCAAGAGAGGCAGUACGAGAGGACCCGAACAUCGCAAAUCAGUAUCGCCUUCCUCGAGAGGUAGUGAUUCAAAAGAACGGAAAGCUUCAUCGGAGCACCAUCAUACCAGAACAGGGUCGGGCGGCAGGAAAUCAAUAGUUGCCAAGUUGCUAUUUACUCACCGGGGAACAUUGCCUAAGCCGAUACCAAGACCGAAGACCGAACACCGCAGAUAUGAGCUGACGAAGCCUCUUCUUAUGAUUACAGUGAUUACAUCCUUUGGAUCAUCUGUCCAGCAGGGCUAUAACCUCUGGGUUAUCACCAAUCCAUCAAGGCUCAUUGAAGACUUUUACAACAGCACUUACCAUAUCAAGAAUAAUGUCGGCAUAGACAAAACAUUUCUCUCCAUCUUAUACACUUUAACCCUUUCCAUCUUUGCCAUUGGAGGUGUUAUUGGAUCCCUUAUAUUUAGCCCCAUAGUAGACAAGUUUGGCAGAAAAGGUGCCCUGAUGCUAAAUAACUUUCUCUCUAUGGGCUCGUCCGUCCUCAUGGGCCUCUCCGCGACAAUACGUGCCUAUGAAUAUACUCUCUUUUCCCGCAUGGUCAAUGGCAUAUGCUCAGGUAUAUUCGCCUGUGCUGUGCCACUAUACCUGGCAGAAUUGGCCCCCAAAAACCUGAGGGCAGGAAUCAUGACAGUCUCCAAGGUCUUUUUUAUCGCUGGAAUCUUGAUUUGUCAGAUCCUUAGCCAACCCGAACUCCUGGGGAACAUGAAUGACUGGCCCAUCUUGCUAAGCAUCCCAGGAGGCCUGGCUCUGUUUCAAGUCCUCAUCUUACCCUUCUUCCCAGAAAGCCCGAGGUAUUUACUGAUUCAGAAGAGGAAGGAAGAGAGUGCGAGGCAAGCCUUGCAGAUGCUGAGGUGCCAUAGCAAUGUAGACCAAGAAGUUGAAGAACUUUACCAGGAGGACCAAGCUGAGAAAGCAGAGAAGCUCAUGAGCGGGAUGAAGAUCAUCUGCUCUCGGGGCCUUCGGUGGCAAGUCAUCUCCGUCGUCAUCUUGAUGAGUGGACAACAAUUCUCCGGUUACACUGCGGCGUCCAUUUUGUAUGAGCGAAUCUACAGGUCAAUGUCGCUAAACACGGCUGACAUCCAGUAUAUUGGCUUGGUUUCGACCGUUUCGCUCCUCUUGGCCUUGAUAAUAGUGAUGUAUAUCAUCGAUACCGUGGGGCGAAGAAUUCUAAUUCUCCUCGGCUUCGGGAUGUGCAGCAUUCUCUGUGUUCUCCUCACCAUGACGCUUGAGCUUCAGCACACCAUGCCAUGGAUGGCUUACCUGAGUUCAAUCUUCGUCUUUAUAUUCUUCAUUGGACACAUAAUUGGGCCAGGUGCUGUGCCACAUGUGCUAAUAGCAGAACUCUUCCUUCAGUCAACCCGAUCCACUGCCUUCAGCUUGGCAGGAUUUAUGAGCUGGUUCAUCUCCUUACUCUCAGGGAUGGUUUUAGGUCAAGUUGAGUCGCAGAUCGGGUCCUACAGCUUCCUUCUCUUCUGGCCACUCUGCUUCGGGACCUUCUUUUACAUCUUCAAGUUUAUCCCCGAAACCAAGGCCAAGACCUUUCUGGAUAUCCGGAGGCUGAUAGCGGUCCAUGUGAACGUGGCCAGGAAGAUCCAAGUCCAGAGCCCGGUGUCAAACGUCAAACCGGCGAACACCAAAACGCCGCCCAAAAAAGGCAAAAAGGGACUGCAAAGAGGCAAAAGAAAGAAGCGGAAAAAGUUGAUACCCAGCGAGAGCAAUGGAUAGUGUUGUCCUCCAGAGGUAACCCAACUCUAACAACGCGGAGAUGGUGGUGGCUUCGUUGU